AUGGAUCUUCCCAAGACUUAUAAACAUGCUGUGUUCAAAGAGGCAGGAGGUCCUCUCGCGGUGGAACAGACAAAUUUGACCAUGCCUGCCACUGGGGAGGUCUUGGUAAAGGUCGAGGCAUGUGGCGUUUGUUUCUCUGACCACAUUGCUCAGUCUUAUGGCCUGCGCGGGUCCUUUCCGAUCGUGCCUGGACAUGAGAUUAUUGGAAAGGUUGCUGCAGUUGGAGAAAAUGUUUCACAGUGGCACGUUGGGGAUCGCAUUGGUGGGCCAUGGCACGGAGGUCAUGACGGUACUUGCCCUGCAUGUCAGAAGGGUCAUUUUCAAAUGUGCGACCUCGGAAUUAUCAAUGGCGUGACAAAGAACGGAGGAUACGCCGAAUACUGUAUCCUGCGUGCUGAAGCAGGCGUUCGGAUUCCCAGUCAUGUCGAUGCAGCAAAGUAUGCUCCUAUUCUCUGCGCUGGAGUGACUGUAUUCAACUCCAUGAGGCGCAUGAACGUUCCACCAGGCUCGACUGUUGCCAUCCAAGGACUGGGUGGCCUGGGCCAUUUGGCAAUUCAAUACGCCAAUCGAUUCGGAUGGCGCGUUGUGGCACUCUCUCGAGACUCCAAGAAAGAGCAAUUUGUGCGCGAACUUGGGGCUCACGAGUAUAUUGACAGUAGUAAGGUAGACUCGGCCGAGGCACUUCGGAAGCUUGGUGGAGCGGCACUAAUUGUCGCAACUGCGCCCGAUCCCAAGGUGAUACCACCAUUAUUGAAGGGACUUGAUAUCUUGGGGAAGCUCCUUGUCCUUGCCGUUCCCGGGGAAGUGGCAUUUGACACGAGGUUGAUGAUCUCGCGGGGACUGUCUAUCCACGCCUGGCCCAGUGGGCACGCUAUAGAUUCCGAAGAAACAAUUCAGUUUACCGAAUUGCAGGGAAUCAACUGCAUGGUGCAAACCUUCCCACUGGAGAAAGCAAAUGAGGCAUAUGAAGCCAUGACCAAAGGCACGCUUGAAAACAUGACAGCCGAGACAUGGAAAGAAAUUGCUUCGAAGAAGCAACUUGAAAAUGCUUCCAUGAUACCUCCUGCCUGGCAACUUCCCGUGGAGCUGACCAGAGUGAACGGAUCAUCUGGCAUGAAUGUGAUAGAUGUACCACGUCAGUCAGGUAUCUUGACAGAAAGGCAGCUCGAGAUUACCGAGUUGUACGACGCAACGGAUUUACUCCGCAAGAUCGAGCACCGCGAGCUGUCUGCGCACGAUGUCACUGAGGCAUUUUGCAUACGUGCCGCGAUUGCACAACAAGUGACUUUUUGUCUCACCGAAGUAUUCUUUGAGCGGGCUCUGCAGCGUGCCAAGGACCUGGAUGAGAUAUUAGCCACAACAGGGGAGCGGGUCGGACCGCUGCACGGAUUGCCUAUCAGUCUCAAGGACUGCUUCAACGUCGAAGGCAUUCCAUCCACGAUCGGGUUCACUUCCUUCAUCAAGAAUGGCCCGGUCAAAACGAACUCCCCGGUUGUCGAGAUUUUGCUAAGAUUGGGUGCAAUUCCAUUCGUGAAAACAAACAUACCACAAACAAUGAUGGCUGCGGACUCGCACAACUAUGUGUUUGGUCGGACGCUCAACCCGCAUGCAACAAAUCUCACUGCCGGAGGCUCAUCAGGAGGAGAAGGAGCCCUGAUAGCCAUGAGGGGAUCAGUGCUUGGCGUUGGAACAGAUAUCGCGGGAUCCAUUCGGAUACCUGCUCUCUGCAAUGGGACCUACGGGUUUAGGCCUUCAGCAGACCGGAUUCCCUACGGAGGCCAGACAGGCUCUUCUCGUGGAGGGCUGUGCGGGAUAAGGCCUUGCGCAGGGCCAUUGGCAACAUCGGCGAGAGAUCUGGAGUUGUUCAUGGAGACAAUGACCAAGGCAGACCCGUGGGAGCUGGAUUCGUCUGUUAUCUUCUCACCAUGGCGAAGCCUUUCCCCCAAGAAGGUACUUCGACUCGGAUUCCUUGAGGAAGAUCCUCACUUUCCUUUGCACCCACCUGUGCUGCGUACACUCACCACAGCUGUCGAAAAGCUCCGGAAAGCGGGACAUGAAGUGGUUCCUAUCAAGACAUCGGUCAUUCGAGAUGCCUGUGCUCUGGCAUUCAAGAUAUUUGCGAUGGAUCCAGCCAAGACGGCAUUUAAGCAUAUUGCCGCAAGCGGGGAGCCCACGAUCCCAGCUUUGGCGACAACAUCGAUCCCUCAAAAGAGCAUGCCAUAUGAGUAUGCGCCCUUGACAUUGGAAGGCUUAUACGAUUUAACUGAGCAGCGGAACCGUAUCAAGGAGGAGUUCCGCGCGCUGAUCAUCCAAGCUAAAGUGGAUGCGAUAAUUAUGGCUGGUUACCAAAGCACUGCUGUGCCACACGACAAGUAUGGCAUGCCGCCAUACACCACUAUGUGGAAUGUGACAGAUUACCCGAGCUGCAUCAUUCCACACGGAAAAGCAGACAAGCGAGCGGACGAGGGAUUCAUUCGGAACGUUGAUUAUGAACCUGCAUAUGAGCCCGAUGCCAUAGAAGGAGCACCUUGCAGUGUGCAGCUAGCUGGCAGGAAUAUGCAGGACGAGGAACUGGUUCAAGUGGCGAAGAUUGUUUCCAACGUGAUCACCUCUUGA